ACAACACGAAUGUUGGUGCUUUUGGAGAUUGCUGUCGUGUCAUUUUAAACAUUAGCUGACGGCAUUUUGGCGCAUCGUCGUUACCUGUAGGGGCACUUUUGAAAGAAAACUCUCCCCGUCAAAGAUGAUUCAUUGUGGCACUGUGAGGUCUUUCACUCAAUGUUUAGUUCGUAGAAAAAUCAUAAGCCAAAAUAAUCUUGAAGAUACCAAACUAUGCCGCUGUUUGUCCACCAUAGACCUGAUAGCACUGGGAGUUGGCAGUACACUCGGAGCUGGUGUUUACGUACUAGCUGGUGAGGUGGCUAAAUGGGAUUCCGGACCCAGCAUUAUCAUCUCUUUCCUAAUUGCGGCAUUGGCUUCAGUGAUGGCUGGUCUGUGCUAUGCAGAAUUUGGGGCCCGUGUUCCAAAGACCGGUUCUGCUUAUCUAUACAGCUAUGUGACUGUUGGUGAACUCUGGGCAUUUAUCACAGGGUGGAACUUAAUUCUUUCUUAUGUCAUUGGUACUUCAAGUGUUGCCAGGGCAUGGAGUGGUACCUUUGAUGAACUUGUUGGCAAACAGAUUGGAAAUUUCUUUGGCACAUAUUUCAAGAUGAAUUCACCAGGACUGGCAGAAUAUCCAGACUUUUUUGCAGUGUGUCUUAUAUUAUUAUUGUCAGGUCUUCUAUCAUUUGGUGUGAAGGAGUCUGCUUGGGUUACCAAAAUAUUUACAGCCAUCAACAUUCUGGUCCUUAUAUUUGUUAUUAUCACUGGGUUUGUAAAAGGAGACACUGAGAACUGGAAGAUCAGCGAGGAGACUCUCGAAAACUUCACAGCUAUGACAAACAAUCUGUCAUCAUCAGAGAAUAUAACCAGUAAUUAUGGUGUAGGUGGUUUCACACCAUAUGGAAUAGCUGGAACAUUAGCUGGUGCUGCAACCUGCUUUUAUGCAUUUGUUGGAUUUGACUGUAUUGCUACUACAGGUGAAGAGGUGAAAAAUCCUCAAAAAGCUAUUCCCAUAGGAAUUGUAACUUCACUUUUGGUUUGCUUCUUGGCAUACUUUGGAGUUUCAGCAGCUCUGACCCUCAUGAUGCCUUAUUACCUACUGGAUGCAAGAAGUCCACUUCCUGUUGCCUUUGAAUAUGUUGGCUGGGGGCCUGCAAAAUACCUGGUGGCAGUGGGAUCUCUCUGUGCAUUAUCAACAAGCUUGUUGGGGUCUAUGUUCCCUUUACCCAGAGUUCUGUUUGCAAUGGCACGAGAUGGUUUACUGUUCAAUUUUCUGGCAAAAGUGAGUAAGAGGCAGACACCAGUUGUUGCAACACUGGCAUCAGGGGUCAUCGCUGCUGUCAUGGCAUUCCUUUUUGAUCUUAAAGCCUUAGUGGAUAUGAUGUCUAUUGGGACACUCUUGGCAUAUACUCUGGUAGCAGCAUGUGUACUCCUCCUCAGGUAUCAACCAGAUUCACUCUAUACAAGACAAAAAUGCUCUUCAGAAAGACAGAACCUCACAGCUGAGGACGACACUGAAUUAGAUGAAAAUGAAUCCGAUUCCCAUAUGACCAUACUCAAAAGUCACGACUUCACCUGUUCAUCAUUGCUGAAUCCCUCUGUGAUCCCAACAGAACAAACAUCAAGUGUGGUGUAUGGUUGUGUUGGACUUCUAGCUGUUAUCAUUUGUGCAUUAAGUGUGCUGAUUACUUAUGCCAAUGAAGCCAUUCUCUCUGUGGUGCCCUGGAGCAUAGGGAUUCUUGCUGUACUCCUGGUCAUGCUUGGUGUCUCUGUUUUCAUCAUCUACAAACAACCUCAGAGUCAACUUAAAGUAGCAUUCAUGGUGCCACUUUUGCCAUUCUUACCUUUAAUCAGCAUCUUUGUCAAUGUCUACUUGAUGAUGCAAUUGAAUGGAGGCACUUGGAUUCGUUUUUCUAUUUGGAUGGCUGUUGGAUUUGCAAUCUAUUUUGGUUAUGGCAUCAGGCAUAGUGCGGAAAGUCACCGUGAUGAUGAAUCAGCACACAGUGAAACUGAGCACAUAAAGAACUUGGAAGGAAUGGACGACAAUGAAAUGGCGACUGAGCUUGACCAGUUUAUACAACAUGAAAAAACAAAUGAAUGUCAGCUUUAAGCAGCAAUGAAAUGUGUCAGUUUGCUACACCAACACGUCUGUGUUCUAAGAGGAGCAAUGUAUUAACUUUGGUCUCAGAAUAUUUUUAAAAAACUCUUAAUCGGUAAACUGUACUAAUAAAUGAGUGUUUUGGAGCAGAUCACCUGAAAUUACUUAAGGGGGAACUGAACGUUUGUUGAUUAUCUACAGUCAUACAGAGUAACACAAGAUUAAUUUGGUCUCAUCAAAAACUAAAAUAUAUUUUCCCAAAACAAUAGAAUAUCUGCCCUGACAAAAGAUUAUCUAGUAGGCGGCAGGUGGCUGUAAAGAUUUUAAUCACCAUUUUUUUCUGAAAAGCAGCAAAAGUAUGUGUUUUUUUAAAACUAUUCAGCAGUGUAAUGCAACAUUUAUUACAGUCUUUAAAAGAUUUUCUGUAAUUCCAAAUUAAAGCAUUCUGUGCAUUCAUUCAGAAAGUGGCAAAUAAAAACAUAUGAAAUAGGAGGAAGUGUAGGCCAUAUGGCCCUCGAGCCUUCUCUGCAGAGUUUAAUCACUACUGAGGAUUCUUACACUCACAUUUUUAGAAACAAAAGGGGAAGCAAUAAAUGUGAAUUUUCUCCAUUUACUAAACUCUGGAAACUUGGGAAAAUACCACCCUAAAAUAUUCUGAAACAUUAAACCCCCUUAACACAUAUA